AUGUUGCCUGCGACAUAUACAAGCCCCCAAGCAUACUUCAAAAGCUCAUUAGAAUUUCUUUCCGAAUAUUCAUGGAUUUACGAAAGUGCUAACACUUGCUUUAUAAAAGACGGAAUAUUGGAAAUAUUUCCAAAAGAAUUUGUGAAAUAUUUUCUACAUAUAAAUACUAAUGAUUUAAACAUUUUUCCAUUUGUUCAUCACACAAGUCCAGCGAUAGAACAAGAAAGCAUACAAAAUUUUCGUAAACGUCUUAAAAGACUCAUUCCAGAAGAAAGUUUUUCAAAUCCAUGUUAUCCAGAUAUAACAUUUGCACAUAUAAAAACUAAAUUUCGUAAAGUCAAUUUAAAGAAACAACAUGAAAUAUUAAGACUAGGACAUUUAAUAACUACCUUAUGUGAUGAUUAUCGUAUAAUUAUUGAUUUUGGGUCAGGCUUAGGUUAUUUAAGUGAAAUUGUGAGCGUCUUAAAAAAGGAUAUUCAUAUGCUGGGAUUGGAGUCCGAUAAUUGUCGUGUAGAUGAGGCGAAAAAGCGACAGUUGGAGUUUAUGUUUAAUACAUUAGAUACGAUCAGCUAUAAACAAGAGACUAUAACAUGUGAAUCUAAAAAUUUUAUAGAAAUGGAAACACAAGAAAUAAUUCGGAGAAAUGAGCUGGUAGAACCGAUAAAAAUGGCAAUUAUUGGUUUACAUGCAUGUGGAGAUCUUACUAUAACAUCUAUUAAACUUUUUUUACAAAUGAGCGAAGUUAAAAGUUUAAUUAUAAUGCCGUGUUGUUACCAUAAAAUGCAAAUGAAUACGUCUACAACAUUUACAAAUUUUCCUCUUAGUAAAACACUUAAAUCUGAGGUUAAAAUGAACACAAGAUUUUCACAAAUUUUGAAUAGACCAUUCUUACGUUUAGCAUGUCAACAAACUGGAGAGAGAUGGAGACAAUGUACUGAGCUGGAGCAUUCUGUACAUGCUAUUGAAAUGUUCGAAAGAGCCGUAGCAGAAGCUAUACUCAAUCCUGAUGGAUCGGAAAAAAUUAUAAAACUGAAGAAAAAGAAUAAACAUAAUGAUAAUUAUAAGUUUAAUGAUUUUACAAAGAAUUUCGUGGUACAGCUUAAGGAAACAAAUAAGUCGCUUGAAUGGAACCACACUCAUGAACAUAAAUUUAAUGAAAUUAUUGAAAAGUAUCCAAACGGUCAUAAAUUAGCCGAAGGUCUUACAUGUCUUCAAACAACAUUACAGAAACUUUGUGAGAAUAUCGUGCUCUAUGACCGUUUAUGUUACCUAGAGGAAGAAGCUGCAGAGCAGGGCUUAAAAAUUAACGUACGUUACGAGAAGAUUUUUAAUGAGAAGUUAUCGCCUCGCUGCUACGUCUUAAUUGCACAGAAAUUGUGAGAAAUGCUGGUCAAAUUUAAAUAAAAGUAAUUUCCUU